AUGAGCCUGGAACAAAGAUUGGAGUUGCACGCUAAUCACAAGGUCUACGAUGCCGAGUACACAAUCAACUGCAUUAAAGAUUGUAUCAUUCUAAACGAGGGGUACCCCAUGUACGAGGCAACCUACGGAGAGGUGUGCAAGAAUAAAGAGAAUCGUCUAGCCAUGUCGAGCUAUCUAGGAGACGUUGGUCAUUGCAUGUACGAGAUGGCCUUCGGCUACUUCGAGCUCAAGAUUGAAAGCAUGUGUGACUUCAUCAAUCAAGAAACUAAAGUCCUCGAUUAUCCUGCCGAUGACAGUUAG